ACUUCCUGCUUCAUUCAAGGAAAAGCUCCGUCAGCACCGGAGGAACACCUGUUCUCAGUUUAUUUUUCAGACCUUUACAUACACACUUUAGCCAUGCUGCAUUUGAGUAAGGGGGAGUUCGUGUGGGUGGACUCUGGGAGCGGGGUGCCGAUUGGGGCAGAGGUUAAGGUCACCGACACCGGGCAGCUUAAGCUGGUCGACGAUGAAGGAAAGGAGCACAAGAUCAACAAGAAGAUGGAGGGCAACGUGCGGCCCAUGCACCCCACCUCCGUGAAAGGUGUGGACGACAUGAUCAUGCUGGGUGACCUGAACGAGGCCGGGCUGCUCAGGAACCUGAUGGUGCGCCACAAGGAGGGCAUCAUCUAUACGUACACAGGCUCCAUUCUGGUGGCGGUGAACCCCUACCAGCUGCUGCCCAUCUACACCACCGACCACGUGCACAUGUACACAGACCGCCGGCUGGGWGAGCUGCCGCCGCACGUCUUCGCCAUCGCAGACACCUGCUUUUUCAACAUGCGGCGCAACAGRAAGAACCAGUGCUGUGUCAUCAGCGGUGAGUCAGGAGCAGGGAAAACAGAGAGCACCAAGCUGAUGCUGCAGUACCUGGCUGCAGUCAGCGGACAGCACUCCUGGAUUGAGCAGCAGAUCCUGGAAGCUAAUCCCAUCCUGGAAGCCUUUGGUAACGCUAAAACCAUUCGCAAUGACAACUCCAGUCGAUUUGGGAAGUACAUCGACAUCAGCUUCACCAAAGGAGGGGCCAUCRAAGGGGCCCGAGUGGAGCAGUACCUGCUGGAGAAGUCCAGAGUUUGUCGUCAGGCACCUCAGGAAAGAAACUACCACAUAUUUUACUACAUGCUGAUGGGCAUGCCAGCAGAGCAGAAGAAGAUCCUUUCCCUUGGGACGGCUGCAGAGUACAAAUACCUGACCAUGGGUAACUGCACCAGCUGUGAAGGGCGCGAUGAUGUGACGGAGUAUGCUCACUUCCGUUCAGCUCUGAAGAUCCUCACCUUCUCCGACACAGACUCCUGGGAAAUCUCUAAACUGCUAGCUGCAAUCCUCCACCUGGGCAAUGUGGGCUUUGAGAGCACCAUCGUGAGCAACCUGGAAGGCUGCGACGUCCUCAAGUCGGCUCACUUCAACAUGGCCAGUCAGCUGUUAGAGGUGGAUCCUAAAGCGCUGGAUAAAAGUCURACUCAGCGGUCCGUCACAACUGCCAGAGACACGGUGAACAAACUUCUGAAUUCCGUUCAAGCUCUGGACGGCAGGGACGCGUUUGUCAAGGCUAUAUAUGGAAGACUUUUCAUCUGGGUGGUGGACAAAAUCAACUCUGCUAUUUAUAAGCCGUCCGAGGAUGAGAAUGAUGUCCAACAGUCCAUAGGCCUUCUUGACAUCUUCGGCUUUGAAAACUUCAAACAAAACAGCUUUGAGCAACUGUGCAUUAACUUUGCCAAUGAGCAGCUGCAGCAGUUCUUCGUCAAACACGUGUUCAAGCUUGAGCAAGACGAGUACACCCGUGAGAACAUUGUUUGGAAACACAUCGACUACCAGGACAAUCAGCGCACCCUGGAUGUUUUGGCAAACAAACCUAUGAACAUGUUGGCACUGAUUGAUGAGGAGAGCAGCUUCCCCAAGGGCACAGACACUACCAUGCUCCUUAAGAUGAAUCAGGUUCACAACCAAGGAGACAUCUACAUUCCUCCAAAAAACAAUCAUGAUACACAGUUUGGAAUCCGGCAUUUUGCCGGAGAGGUCUAUUAUGAUUCAAAAGGUUUCCUUGAGAAAAAUCGUGAUACGCUCAGCCCAGAUCUGAUUCAACUGGUUGAGACCUCCACCAACAAACUCCUCAAGCAGAUGUUUCAGAAUGAUCUGACCCCGAUGUCCAGUACCAUCAAGAGCAUCAACCCCAAGAUGGUCAUCAACAUGUCUAAGAACACAGUUUGGCAAGGGACCGAUGGGAAGAAACGAGUCCCGACUCUGACCGGUCAGUUCCGUCAAUCUCUGGAUUCUCUGAUGAAAACACUGACUGCAUGUCAGCCUUACUUCAUUCGCUGCAUCAAACCCAAUGAUUUCAAAAAGCCAAUGCUGUUCGACAGAGAACUGUGCAUGCGUCAGCUCCGUUACUCUGGCAUGAUGGAGACCAUCAAGAUCCGGAAGGCUGGGUAUCCCGUACGCUACACCUUCAGCGAGUUUCUGGAUCGCUACAGAGUCCUUCUGAAGACCUCUACCUGUGAUCCCAAAACAGAAAGCAAAGAGAGAUGCUGUGAGAGCAUCUGUGAAAGAGUGCUACCUAAAAAAGGCGACUGGAAGACUGGCAAGACAAAGAUGUUCCUCAAGGACGUUCAUGACACUCAGCUGGAACUGGAGAGAAUGAAGGAGCUGAAUGUAAAAGCUCUUUUGAUCCAGAAAGUGCUGAGGGGCUAUAAGUACAGGAGAGAAUUCCUGAAGAAAAGGGCCGCUGCGCUUGUCAUUCAGAAAUAUUGGAGAGGAUAUAAAGGCAGAAAGCUUUACAAAGUGGUCCAGCUGGGCUUUGCGAGGCUUCAGGCACACGUUCGCUCUCGGCAGCUCCACUUUCAGUACAAGAAGAAGCGGGAGGCUGCCCUCCUGCUGCAGAGCCACGUCAGAGGUUACCUGGCCAGGAAGGAAUGGAAACGCAAGAGGAAUGCAGUGAUUCUGCUGCAGGCGCACACCCGAGGCCUGCUGGCUAAAAAGGCUGUCCAAAAAAAGAAACGGGAUAUGUUCCUUUCUGCCAAAGAAAGAGAAGAAGAACAGCGAGCCAUUUUGGCCAAACAACAACACUUGGAGGAGGUGUUGAGGCAGAAGAAAGAGAUGGAGGCCAAAUCUCAGGCCGACAACAUCACAGACCAGGAGAUGGUGGACACCAUCUUCGGCUUCCUGCCCAACAUUGUUGGAGGGCAGGAGGGUCAGGCGCCUGUGGGCUUUGAGAAUAUGGAAGGCAAACGGCUCGUUAUUGAGGAGAUAGACAUUGACGAACUUCCCAUGGAAGAACAUCCCAAAGAAGAUUACGAUGACCUGAAUGAGUACCCUUUCUCCAAAUUUGCCUCUAUGUAUUUCCAGGGUGCAGCAUCUGACACCCACAUUCGACAGAGGCUUCGGCAGUCGCUGCUCUACCACGAGGACGAAGGAGAUGCUGUGGCUUCACUGACCGUGUGGUGGAUCAUUCUGAGAUUCAUGGGAGACCUCCCUGAGCCGAAGAUACAAGCCAAAGUUCAGGGAACUCCAGCACAGGAACGAUUUAUGCCACAGGACUUGCUGUCUAGAAAAGACAGACGUCUGAGCCAUAUGGUGGGCCCGGAUCAGAGAGUGUUGAGGAGCAACAAAGAGAGGAACCCUUCGGCAGCACCAGAGGACCCAGCUCAAAAGAGAAAGGGAUCCAUUUUCACAGACCUCCUGUCAAAAAACAGGAAGGCCUCUGCAGUUCCUAACGACGUGGCUCAAAACCCGAAGGUGUACACCGUCCCAGAAGCUAACACCCGAGCGAGGAAAGGCUCCACGUUCACCGACCUGCUGUCCAGGAACAAAAAACCCCCUGCUGUGAGAGAAAACGAAAGCUUCAAGUCCGGCUCUGGUGCCAGGAAGCCCUCCAUCAUCAUGGAGGAGUCAGAUGAUCUAACCGAGGUGCCAAAGACCCCCACCCUGCAGACGGUGAAUGAAGAGAGUGAUGUUAUGGUUGGAGAGGGACCCACUCUGGACCGGCCCCUCUCCUCCCUUGAAAAAGUCCAGAUCAUCGUGGGCUAUGGCAUCAUCAGACCCGACCUCAGGGAUGAGAUUUACUGUCAAAUCUGCAAGCAGCUUCAGGACAACAACAACCGGAACAGCUACUUCCGCGGCUGGAUCCUGCUCUCCCUCUGCCUGGGUGUGUUUUCUCCAAGCGAGCGCUUCAUCAGAUACCUCCAGAGCUUUAUCAGUUUUGCUCCCGGUGGUUUCCCGUCCUACUGCGCUGAGAAGCUGCGGCGCACCAUGAUGAACGGUGUGAGAGGAGAGCCUCCGGCCUGGCUGGAGCUGCAGGCAACAAAGACAAAGAAGCCCAUGAUCGUCACGGUGGCGCUGAUGGACGGUCGCUCCAUCAACCUUCCUGUCGACUCAGCUUCAACGUCCAAAGAAGUCUGCCAGCUCGUCUCCAACAAGAUCAAACUCACAGACGUUUUCGGCUUUUCUCUUUAUGUCGGCAUGUAUGAAAAGGUGUGGGCUCUGGGCAGCGGGCGGGAGCACAUCAUGGACGCCAUCUCCCAGUGCGAGCAGGAAGUGAAGAGGAGGGGCGGCCAGGAGCAGCACGCUCCGUGGCGUCUCUUCUUCCGCAAGGAGGUGUUCACCCCCUGGCACGACUGCAAAGAGGACAAGGUCAGCACAGACCUCAUCUACAAGCAGGUCGUCUACGGUCUGAAGUUUGGAGAGUACCAGACUGAAAAGGAGGAUGAUAUAAUCGAUCUCGCUGCGAAACAUCUGUACAUCCAGCACGGCUCAGACAGCCGGCCGGAAAACGUGAGGCAGGCCGUGCAGGACUGCAUCACCACCUCUCUGCUGGAGGCCAAGUCAGAAGCCAAGCUGGUUCAGAUGGUCAGCACGGCUCAUGCUCAGAGUUCCUUCCUGAGUUCAAAAGAAAAAGCUGACUCAGUAAAGGCAGAGAUGGUCGACUACGCCAGACAGAAGUGGCCCAUGUUCUUCUCUAGGUUCUUCGAAGUCACCAAACUGUCAGGUCCUUCACUGUCAAAGAACAAGUUCAUAGUUGCCAUAAACUGGACGGGGAUCACCUUCCUGGAUGAGCGAGAGAAGCGGCUGCUGGAGCUGUCGUUCCCAGAGGUGACUGCAGUCCACACCGCCAGGGAGGCGAAAGCAUCUGGUCAGGCUGCAAACCUGCUGACACUGAAAGGAGACUUCACACUGAGUGGGCCCAUGGUGGAGGACAUGGUGGAGCUCAUCACCAAGUUCCUCAGUGGACUGAUGGAGCGUUCGCAGUACGCCAUAGCCCUGAAGGAAGUCAGCAGCCAAGAUGAUCCCACGAUCCUGAACUUCAAAAAAGGAGAGCUCAUCAUAAUCAUCAAAGACAACGAGUUCUCUCAGCAGCGCGGCUGGAUAAAGGGCCAAAGCAACAGCACCAAACAAACAGGAGCCGUCUCACUUGACGCCAUCUUGAUCCUCGCGACGCUUAGUAAACCCUCCAACGAGGUCCUGAACCUCCUGAACCUUUCUCCAAACCAGAGGAAGAACUUCAUACAAGCAAACCAGAAAGACAAAGGCACAGUGGAGAGAAUAGCUCUCGCCACGCUGAAAGAAUACUCUCUGGAGUAUUUCAGGCAGCCCACCAAGGAUGUGAACCGUCAGGUGAUUUCUCGAAAUGCGGCCCCAGAGCGGCUGUGGGCCCACUCCAGAGAGCCGAUCAGACAGCCUCUGCUCAAGAAACUGCUGGGCAACUCAGAGCUCAGCCACAAGGCCUGUCAGGCUUUCACUGCCAUCCUGAAGUACAUGGGAGAUUACCCCACCAGACAGUUGCAGAGUCAUGUCGAGCUUACUGAACUGAUCUUCGGUCCUGCCACUAAAUACGACGCCCUCAGGGAUGAGAUCUACUGCCAGAUCAUGAAGCAGAUGACCAGCAAUAACAACAGGUUCAGCAUUGAMCAGGGAUGGCAGCUGCUCUGGCUCUGCUGUGGUCUGUUUCCUCCCAGCCAGUCUCUCCUGAGGCACGCGCAGAGGUUUCUGGAGUCGCGUCGCAGAGAUAACCUGGCCUCCGACUGUCUGCAGCGUCUGCAGAGCUCGAUGAGAACGGAGCCCAGGAAGCUCCCGCCACACCAGGUGGAGGUGGAKGCCAUCCAACAGAACAGCACCCAGAUCUUCCACAACAUCUACUUCCCCAACGACACCAACAAGAUAUUCGAAGUGGCCACCAACACCAGGAUCAAGGAUCUCAUCCAAAACGUCUCCAAAGAACUGAACCUGGCUUCGUCAGACGGCUUCAGCAUUUUUGUCAAAACACAAGACAAGGCUCUUAGUUUGAAUGAUUCAGACUACUUCUUCGACAGCCUGAGACAGAUCACUGACUGGUCGAAGCAGUCCAAGAGGAUUAAAGAAGGUGGACCAGUGAACAUAUCCUACCUUGUGUUCUUCAUGAGGAAGUUGUGGUUUAAUGUAAUCCCAGGCAGAAACACAGAGGCUGAUCUUAUCUUCCAUUUCCCCCAGGAGUUACCAAAGUACCUGAGAGGCUAUCACGUUUGUACCAAAGAGGAUAUGAUCAACAUCGCAGCUCUGCUCUUCAGGGUGAAGGUCAGCAAUGACAAAACCCAGCUCGCCAUGGUUCCUAAGAUGUUGAAGGAGCUGGUUCCCGCCGACCAGCUGAAGACCAUCUCUGAAAACGAGUGGAAGAAGGGCAUUGUUUCUUUGUAUAAUAAACAUGCUGGUAUGACUGUCGACGAAGCAAAAAUAGCUUUUCUGAAAGCAGUUUACCGCUGGCCGACAUUUGGCUGCGCUUUCUUUGAAGUGAAGCAAACAUCGAUGCCAAAGUUUCCAGAUAUUGUCCGAAUAGCCAUCAGCAAGACCGGACUCACAAUCAUCCACCCAAGAACUAAGGACAUUCUGGAAAGUUACCCAUACAACCACAUGGCUAGCUGGUCCAGUGGAAGCACCUACUUUCACAUGACUGUGGGCAGCUUAGUCAAGGGGACUAAAUUCCUGUGUGAAACCUCACUGGGCUACAAGAUGGAUGAUCUGAUAACUUCCUACGUGAACAUGUACUCCAGAGAGAGAACGGUGCAAACCAGGCACCAACGCUUCAACAUGUGAACACUCCCCAGCCUCUACUGGAAGCUGCAGGACAUGUUGCCUGUUUAGGAAAAAAAAACAGUUUUGUUUGUGCAUGUACAAAAAGAAAAGCACACUUCAGUUUUUAUUUAAUGCAGUUAAUGCAGUCUGUCAGCAUGUUUUCACCAAACAUUAUUCCAUUUGCAUGAGCUUUUUUUUUUUUUUCCUGUUUUUUGAUAUCUUUGGCUUUUUGUUGAACUUUAAUCCAAACUGCCCAGAAAUGACUUGAUGUUAAGCACAACCUGUUUUUGGUUUAUUGGAAUAAAUCAGCAGGGUUUCAACCAUGUUUGCAGGUUGAGACCAAAUGUUAAAGGCAGAAAAUCUUAAACAGAUUUUUAUAUUUACAAUAGUUUUGUCAGUAUCUAGUCAGGUCAAUAUCAGUGUAUCUUGUUUCAAGUCUCUUCUGUUAUUUUGCUACUUUCUUUCUCUUCUUAAUUAUAUGACUCACAGUCACGGUGGAGUUUAUUUACACUUUCAUGGAUCCUAAAAAACGAACAUAAAGAUCAUGUUUGGACAGUGGUGGGURAGGUUCCACUAACCAGAUUACAUCUAAGAGUUGAACUAAUUUAUCAUUUAGCCAUUUAGCUUUUUUUUUUUUUUUGAAAACCGUUAGCAGACCAGUUUUCUUCUGUUAAAUUAGGUUUUGCCAACUUUAAGUUUACUAACAGCUAACUAACAAGCUACGAACGUGUUUGUGUCAGUCCCACCAGCUGGAAGGAGACAAAAAUGUGACACUAUCAGUCUUCUUAGCAAUUAGCUGUUAGUGUUAGCUUCCACUAUUUUUUACUUAUUUAACUGUUUAGUGUUACCUUCCUCUAAUUUAAUUUAACACAUUUAGCAAAGUUAUUUUUUUAGUAAACAGAUUGAGCUAGCAAGGCUAACCUUUUGGUUUACAGUGCCCACCACUGGAUUUGAGUUUAAAAGUUUUAAUCAAGUUGCAAACGAUCAAUUACUUAUUUGUGGUUAAUCUGUGUCACCAGUAAAUAUAUAUGCCUGAAAUGUUCACAUGCAAUUUAAAUUACCUUUUUGUGGACAGUUAAAACAAAGUAUAGAUUUUUUAAAAAGGAUUUUAAAUAUUUACUAAUCUACUCCACUGCUGCUGUCAGAGCAAGGAGAGUCUUCUAUAAGAUGGUAUGAAACGUUUUUGGCUCAGGGGGAGUUUUAUGUCUUUAUGUCUUUGUGCUUCACACUAAAACCAGGGGCCCCAACUCUGAAACACAGCCCCACACUGAGUGUGGUAUUUGAAAACUCUACAGGGUAUCUUUGAGGAGUAUGUCUUUAUAAAUCACAGAGGAGGAAAGUAAUUGUUAGAAUCAGUACACAACAUAUAACCUGUGAAAAGAUAUUCAAUAAAACAUUCACAGUGGA